CAUGUAGCCUUAGCUAUGGCUGGCCUCAAUGUUUCCAUUACCUUUUUUUCCCUGGUUGUUGCAUUGUGCCAGGCACUCAGGUGGCUUUCCAAGUGGCUUCUGUCUCCUGGAGCAUACAGCUGCCUUGCCAGAGAACUUGCAGGCUCAUUACAGUUGUGUAUGAGCUGCCUUGAGCUGAGGAUGCUGGUGGAGAUUGGCCUGUGGGGUGGUGGCUUUGGCCCAGAUGUGGUCCUGACUCUGCUCUUCCUCCUCUUUGCUGUUCAUGGUGCCUCCUUUGAUGGAGCAUCUGCCAACCCAACUAUCUCUGUCCAGGAGUUCUUGCUCCUUGAGUCCAACCUUGCCACAGCUGUUGCCAAGCUGCUGGCCGAGGGUGUGGGCACAGGGCUGGGCUGGGCUCUCACUAAGCUCUACUGGUCCUGGGAGCUGACACAGCUCCACUUCAUCCAGAACCUGAUCUCAUCAGAGUGCAGCUCUUCCAUCCACACCUCUCUGCAUCAUGCUGCCUUUGUGGAAGGUGCCUGCUCUUUCUUUUUCCACCUUGUGCUUCUCAAGUUGCAGCAGAGUCACCCAGUGUACCGAGUGCCCACGCUGGCAGCCACUGUCACCUUCCUGACCUACACAGCUGGACCAUUCACAGGAGCCUUCUUCAACCCUGCCCUGGCCACAGCUGCCACCUUCCACUGCUCGGGGAACAGCUUUUGGGACUACGUCCAGGUGUACUGGCUGGGGCCCCUCGCAGGGAUGCUUGCUGCCCUCUUGCUGUACCAAGGAAACAUCCCACGGCUCUUCCAGAGAAACCUCCUUUACAGCCAGAAAAGCAAGUACAGGAUACCCAGAGCAAGGGUGACACUGCAGGUGGAGGGUGACAAGCCACAGCAGAGGAAGAAAGGGGAGAAGAACACCACCAAGCCUCAUGCCUGA